GCUUUUUAACCAAGUCCCGAGUUACCCGGGACCGCGGCUCCUCCCGGCCUACAGGGGGCGGGCCCGGCCCGGCUCGGCCUGGUAUCCGGGCGGGCAGGGACAGCAGCGCCAUGGCGGACAGGCUAACGCAGCUGCAGGACGCCGUGAACUCGCUCGCAGACCAGUUCUGCAAUGCCAUCGGAGUGCUGCAGCAGUGCGGCCCGCCGGCCUCCUUCAGCAACAUCCAGACGGCAAUCAACAAGGACCAGCCGGCUAAUCCAACAGAAGAAUAUGCCCAGCUGUUUGCAGCAUUGAUUGCACGAACUGCAAAAGAUAUUGAUGUUCUAAUAGAUUCCCUGCCUAGUGAAGAAUCAACAGCAGCUUUACAGGCUGCUAGUCUGUAUCGAUUAGAAGAAGAAAAUCACGAAGCAGCUGCCCGUCUGGAAGAGGUGGUUUAUCGUGGAGAUAUGCUGCUGGAAAAGAUACAGAGUGCCCUUGCAGAUAUUGCCCAGUCACAGCUGAAGACAAGAAGCGGUACGCAUAGCCAGCCCCUUCUGGACUCGUAGCACCAGGGGGCAGCGCACCCCUGCAAAACACAACAGCGAAAGCCAGGUGAAACCACAGCCCUGUAUCUACAGGGAACUGCAGCACCCAGCCCUGCUCCUGUGGGACUUCCAACUUCUCUGAUCGUUGGUAACAAUGUCUUUCCUCAGAGGUUAAGGCAUGUGACAUGUGAGAAACACAUGGUAGUUCUCUUCUGAAAUUUCAUAUCUUAGUGUGUAUUUCUUUGACUUAAAAUAUUAAUAUCUUUUUUUUUUUUCUGUUCAUAGAUAUGUCUGACUUCAGUAUGUUACUUUUUAUAUGGGCCUUAAUGUCUAAAAGAAACAAAAUUACUGUAAUAAUAUUUGUAUAAUUUACUCAUCUGUCUGCAAACUUCUGUGUUCUUGGUGUAUUUUCUGUAAAGCUCAAAUGCUGUUUAAUUUGCCAGAGUUCAUACAGAUAAUGCUAGACAAUGGCAUGAAUACAGUGGUGGCCAUCUGUUUUAAUUAACAAAAAUGGUAAUUAAACAUUUGUAUUACUACUUAGCUUAUCUUUUACAGAGCAAAUAAAGGGGUAGGUAAACUCUAAAGUUUUCAGAGUAAGUGUUCAUGCCAUUGGUAUCUCAUUUAAAAAUAAAUAAAUCUGCAGAUACCUGGUAUGACAUUUAUUAUCAUUUGUAAUUCACAAACAGGUCUUUGACUCCAUUGCAGCCACUGACAUGCUGUUACUUGCUCAUUGCUCUGCUUCUGCUGCUGCUCUGCAUUCUCAUGGCAACUGGUGAAUUCCUCUAAAGCAGACAGCAAUGAGGUAGCAUUGGAUGGCUCUGAGAAACUAGCAUGAAGAACCAAAAGUAACUUAUCUACUAUUGCUUUUCAGCAUAAGCAGUUGCUGCCAUGUGAAUGCUAAAAUCAUAAGCAGCAAAAGGCCUGUAAUCCCCACCAUGCUGUAGAGAGGUUUUUCUUUUUAUCUUCACACAUUGAAAAAACUUGUGCCCCUCCUCCUAGGACUCUAGAAAUGCCAACAUCUUUUAUUUCAUUUGGAAAAAAUAAAAUGCAAAAUAAAACCAACAAAAACAAACCCACCAGAUGAUUUGGGCUUCAGCACAUGAACUUGGAGUUGAACUGUUGGUUGCUUUCUGUCUUUGAGUUACCCAUCUCGUAUUACUCUUUAUUUCUACAUGUCUACUCAUUUUCUGAUCAAGACUACCUACUUCUGUGUAUUGGACAUGCAUCAACUUAGGUAAUGUGUAUUGCUAAUGUGGAUGGACUGAUAAGAGCAAUUCAAGUAGGUCUUUAGCAAUCUGAUCUGUAGGGAAUUAGAUCCUUCUGCUUAGUAGGCUGCACCAAUGGAAUGAAGAGUGUAAUAUGGCACAGAGUGGUAGGUGUUGUAGCAGCAUGUUUUGUGGAUUAAAAACUACAAAGGUGUUCCAACCUGUAAAAUAUUAAAAUUGACGUAUUUAAUCAGGCUUGUAUUUAAUAUUUAGUUAAACUUGCAUUUCUAUAGUCAUAAAUUUAGUCUGCUAUUGCCAGGCUUACACCAUACAGAUUGCUGAGAAGAAGAAACAACUGGGGAGGUAAAAAGGCUACAGCACAAUUCCAGUUCUCUAAUGGUAUAUUUAUGUAAAAUAACUGAGCUGUGGCAACUUACUAAGCCUUGUAAAUAUGCCUGUGGUCAAUGGAGGCUGAGGGGCAAAAUUUUCAUUUGAAGUAAGCUUGUCGGGCCUACUCUUUUCUGGAAAAACUGCAACCCGUGCAUCUGAAGAUGAUAGACUUGGAAAACUUUAAGUGAAGUGCUUGGGGUUUGCUUAUGUAUUUUUAUAGGUAUUGAGACAUCUUUAUUUCAUAUUUGUACAUUCCUGGAAAAGGGAUUAGUUCUUUAUAGUAGAUUCCCUAGUACAGUUGAAUAUGGACAUCACCUCAAAUUUGUUGACUUUGAAACUUCCUUUUUCAGAGAUGGUGUACGUUUUCACUAUCAGUACAGUUUUUGUUUCAUAUAUUUUUAUUUUUGUACUUGAAAGCUGUUGUAUUAAUGCAACUUAAUAUUGCUUAGCUGUAGAAGUUUUCCUUAUUUGAAUACAGUAGACUGCUUUAAA